ACGCUUAUAUAGGCAGAAGGACAGAGUGAUAUCAAGAAAGUAAUAAAACACCUUUUAAUAAGAUGAGAUUGCCAUCUUUAAUGUCAAAAAUACAGCCAAACAAGUCCCAAAAACUGCAAUGGGUGCUAGUGCGACUGAUUCGACAAGAAUAGUGAAGUUCACAAAGCUAUCAGCAACCACAGUAAUGUUAGAGAAUUGACGUGAGUUAGCAUGGAGUGGUAUACCACCAUAUAUUUGCCCUGAUGUCUGGCAGCUUCUCUUAGGAUAUGCACCACCUAAUUCAGAUGAUGAAAUAAACAUGCUUCGUCAGAUUAUCGUUGAUUGUCCAAGAAGUGUGCCAGAUAUCUGUUUCUUUCAGCAAGUGCAAGUUCAGAAAUCUUUGGAGUGUAUUCUCUAUACAAGGGCCAUUCGACAUCCUUGUUACACCUUUUUCAUUGUUUUCUUGUCAGAAAUAAGAAGCAGUGUGGAUAGCUGGUCAAUGGCUGAUCUCUCUCCAGAGAUCUCUGAUGUAGAAGCUGAUUGCUAUUGGUGCUUCUCAAAACUCCUUGAUGGCAUGCAAGAUCAUUACACCUUUUCUCAACCAGACCAAAGACUUGUGUUUAGGCUGAAAGAAUUGGUUAGAUGCAUUGAUGGUAAAUGGCCUGUUUCAAAACAUAUGGAUGAGCAAGGGCUUGAAUUUCUUCAGUUUGCUUUUCGCUGGUUUAAUUGUCUUUUGAUUUGUGAGAUUCCUUUCCAUUGCGUUACACGUCUAUGGGACACUUAUCUUGCCGAAGGAGAUGCAUUGCCAGAUUUCCUCGUGUACAUCUUUGUUAGUUUUCUUCUAACGUUCCUCUUUUCAUGUUUUUCUUUUCAAUGGUCAGAUAAAAUUCAGAAGCUUGAUUUCCAAGAAAUUGUGAUAUUCUUGCAACACCUUCUGACUCAAAACUGGACUCACAAGGAACGCGAAGUGGUGCUUUCAAGAGCUUAUAUGUGGUACAAUAUGUUUAACAACUCUCCCAGCCACUUAGCCAGCUGAGGGGCAAAGUGACCUAUUCUUAAUCAAAUGCCCGAAAUAGUGUACUUUUUUCUCGAGUU